AUGAAGAGGGUUGGAGAGGAGCGGGUGUGCACGAGAUGUGGGGGAUACCGAAUGCUUCCAUGCACAGUGUGCAAUGGGAGCAAGAAAUCCGUGCAUCGAAGCCAUCGCUCCAUGGAAUUCAGAACCCUCCGAUGCAUGCAUUGUGAUGCCUCCGGACUCAUCCGAUGCCCCGACUGCAACACCUAACUACACUUAUAACCUUUUUAAACAUUAUUGAGGGCUACCUUUUCCUGUGUCAUUUUUUGUUGUUGUUUGAUUUGGUGUCGCAUCGAGCCGUGUAGUCGGCCGUGCGUCUCAUGCCCACGUCUUUCCCACGAUAAAAUGCUUCCUUCUGUAUUAUCCUUCAACCCUCAAUCAGCUUCCAUUCCCGUUUCUUUUGAGUUUCUGGC